AUGCUGUUUUCACCAUGUGUAUUCACUAGAGAAAUGACCACCUUUGGUCAGCCAAGUAAAAUCAAAAACUUGUUUAUUUGCUGCUCAUGCUCUGCACGGGUGCUGAGGCUCUGGACUUGCAGGCGCCCAAGGACAAGGAGGAACCUGCUAGUGGGCACUGCAUGCGUGAUCUACCUGGGAUUCCUCGUCAGUCAAGUGGGUCACAUUUUACCCCAGCACAAAGGGAGACAUCAAAAGAUCAGUUCUAGAAGUCUCCAAGAUGCAGCCCAAACUCCUUUUCUGGGCAUCCCACUGGAUGGCACCCUGUCACCGCCCAAUUUCCAGGAACCCCAGCUUGGUAGCAAUGGGACCUUGCUGCCACCCAAUGUAGUUUAUAUCACCUUGCGGUCCAAGCGCAGCAAGCCUGCCAACAUCAGAGGCACAGUGAAGCCGAAGCGCAGGAAGAAACAUGCAACUCCUUUGUCCUAUGGGCAGCACUUUCCAAAAGCCACUUUUACUGGCCAGGAAGAGGCCUUUGCCCAACAGCCAGGGAGGGCCACGCAUGUGGCUGGCACAAUGGGAGCACCAAUAGUCCUGGAAGCAAGAAAGCACCAGCUGGAUGAACACAAGCAUAAAGGAAUGGCAAUCAGGGAGAGGAGUCGCCAGAGACCUGGUGGAAAUUCUGGAGCUAUAAAGGCACAAUCCCAGCCUGAGGAAAGCAAUAUCAGAAUUUACAGUGAGAGCCGUCCCUCUUGGCUGAGCAAAGAUGACAUCCUAAAUAUGCGCAUGCUAGCAGAUUCUCGGAUAGAAAGCAUCCAAGAAGUAUCUUCUCACAAAGCAGUCCUGGUCGUAUUUGCAGGAGCUCUCAGCACCAGAGGAACUGCUUGUAAUCAGGGACACUGUGGGAUCACCAAAAGACCCCUCGACAUGAGCGAGGUGUUUGCCUUUCAUUUGGAUAGGAUCUUGGGGCUAAACAGGAGCUUACCUUCUGUAAGCAGGAGAUCAGAGUUCUUCCAAGAUGGUCAAGCUUGUCCUGUUAUUCUCUGGGAUUCCUCACUGAGUCCAACAGAUAAUAGUACCCAUUCUUCAGUGAGAUUAACCUGGGGGCAAUAUCAGCAGCUACUGAAGCAGAAAUGCUGGCAGAAUGGUAAAGUUCCAAAAGCUGAGUCGGGCUGUACUGAAAUUCAUCAUCAUGAAUGGUCCAAGAUGGCACUCUUUGAUUUUCUUCUUCAGAUCUAUAGUCGACUAGACAGAAACUGCUGUGGAUUUGAACCUCUCAGGGAGGAUUCCUGCAUGCAGCAAGGACUGAAGCUGAAAUGUAGUGAUCAGGAUGCUGUUGACCUUACACACAUAGUUCAGAGACACCAUGACCGAAGGCACUUGGUCUUUAUAGGCAAUAAGGGUUUCUUUGACAGAAACGAGGACAAUCUUGACUUCAAAAUACUGCAAGGAAUCAAUGAAUUCCCUGAAUCUGCAGUUUCAGUGCUGAGGAGCCAGCGUUUACGUGAGAAGCUGCUACAGUCUUUGUUCCUUGACAAAAUAUACUGGGAGAGCCAAGGAGGCAGGAAUGGAAUUGAAAAGCUUAUUGAUGUAAUAGAAAGAAGGUCCAAAAUUCUUCUUACUUAUAUAAAUGCACAUGGAGCCAAAGUAUUGCCCAUGAAUGAAUGAAGCAGUCUUGUUUCUAUCUGAGAGUCUUUAAAAAAAUUUGUAUGAACCAAAAACUGACAGUAAAAUUAAUUUAUUUCGUAGGCUUAUUUAAUUUUUCUUCCCCCAAAAUUUAAAGUUUAUUUUUAAAUAAGAAAUCUUACAUGG